AUGGAGUCAGAAUUCUUCAAGGCAUCGUUGUUGGAUACUAUCAUUCCCGAUGACACUGUAGCAGGGGUCUCUGAGUUUUUGGGCGCGCAUAGCAUAGCGCAAAGUGAUACCGGCCAUCUCUUCGCUGUCAAGGAGCGGGAGAUUUUGUUCUUCGAUGAACGAGUGAAGACCUAUGCGGUGCUCCGUCUUCCUCAUUGCGAAGAAGCCACCUUGAAGGCGUACCUUCUACGGCUUUCAUACAAAAUAGAUGUCUGGGCUCUCGAUGACUCGGCGAAUAAUGGGACGGACACAGCACCGCCGCCUAAAGACUUGGUCUUUUCCGUCGAAAACAUUCAGGAAACUGAACCUCUGGUCCUGGCAAAUCAAUCUAGGGACAGCGGCCACAGCCUGACCCUCGUCUGGGAGGUCGAGCUGACUAUCCACCGGCCCAGAUUUCGUGCCUCUCAGGCGAGCAUCAUCCUUGUCCCUUCAGCUGUCGUCACUGCUGCGGAUGAAGUGGAAAAUGACCAGCAUACAGACCUGGCCCCCUUCCAACCCCUUGACUCGAACAUACUUGAACCCAUGCGACUGAUUCCAGGUAUGGAAAAAGCACCGCCCUACCUUGCUGCUUCGAGGCUUGAACGAGUACUACCUACACCGUCGAGACCCAAACCAAGAAUCCAUAUUGCCCAGGUCUCUUCACGGCGACACAGAGCUGUGUCAGCGGUAGUUGCACGCAUCCAUUAUAGCAAAGUCAACACCUUCUCACCGUCCAUGACAAACCUGGCUUUGCUGGAUAUCGAGGUUAUUCCUUAUAUUCCCGUUGAAUUAGUUGUUGAGCACAUUGACCUUGUGCUAAGACAUGGCCGGACCGAGUCGUUGAUGCCGGUGUUCCUGCCGCUUCAGUGUCGGCCUGGAGACUGCGUGACUUUCAUGUACAGACUGACUCAAGCGCAAUCAUUGGACGCCGACAUGCCUCUGGGAGGCGCUGUCAACCCAAACAUCGACAUACUUUCCAUCAAGAUAUGCCUGGAGGUCAUUGUGAAACCGCGUUGCCGGGCUGUCGUGGUCAUGGACUGGACAACGCAUGUUGAUUUCACUCAGGCUCUGAAUCCAGCAUUUGGCCCUCCUUCGCAACCCAUCCAACGAGCGAACAGGCCCGCAAGCCUUCCAGUAAGCACUGCAAAUGGGUCAUCUAUUACCACGACGACCGCCAGCACGGGUCUGCAGCCGACCUAUGAUAUGACUUUGAGAACUGGUCUCGCUGUUUCUUUCACAGCGUCCGAUCGCCCUGUUUAUGUUGGGCGGCCUUUCAGCUGGAAGGUUUUGGUGGUAAACAACUCGCCGAAGCUGGCCAAGAUCGCAAUCAUCCCUUUACCGCGCAUCCACCGACAGACGACUCAGGCACAAUUCUUUGCACGAAGACAUGCACCAAAAUCCUCCACCGCUUCAUUCCAUCCCCGUGAGCGACGCCAUACAAAGACUGGAGAAGAUAUCGACAUUGCACAAGCAAUCGUGGACGAGAACGUGGUCUACGCCAUGCAACAUUCAAAUGUCGCCCCUUCUGAGACGGACCUGAUGACUCUCACAGCAGAGCUGAGAAUUGGACCAUUGGGGCCAGGACAGUGCCAUGAAAGUGAGAUUCGGAUGAUAGCGUUUGAGUCUGGAAUAUUAAGGGUCGACGCCAUGAGGAUAGUGGACCUUGUUCAGGAGGCUGAACAGGACAGUGUUAACCCCAGUGUCAUGGCUGAUAUCCGAGACCUGCCUGACAUUGAUGUGAAGUCACUGAAUGACUGA